UCCCGUGGGGUUGGGCGAGGCCUAAAUAUAGAAAACACAAUCGGUUUUCGUUUCGUUUUAGCAUGUUUUAGUAUUGUUAUCAUGAUUGCAAUAUUGUGCUUGUUUUCUUUAGUUCUAGCAAAUCAAUGUAAUUACCCUAAUUAUACUAUUAAAAUUUUUGUGUAGCACAAGAGCACAACCUACGAAUUGGUGAUAAACAGAAUUCAUGAUAUCAUGGGUUUGCCAGGAGUUUCCUGAAAUUGCUAUGGAAAUCAAACAUCCUCAGCAGUUAUGUUAUGAAACAAAUAUAAAUAGAUUGCAGAUGUUGUGUUUCAAUGUCACACAGUUGGAGUCAAGAGUCGGAGUUGGCAUACCAGAGCAUGGAGACAGCUUUUGGAUCCCAGAAUCACCGUUUUAUGAAAAUGGUAAAGGAGUUUACAUUUUUAGUACAUAUGCAUAUUUGCCUCCCAUUCUCAUCAAAUAGAGAUUUGAGUACAUACUAACAAACUCACAUUUUUGAUGAAUCAAGUUAUUUUUAUUAUUGAUGACGAGCUACUUUGCUCUGGGUCCUUCAACUGGACUUCACAAGCCACUGGUAAUCAAAUUUUGGAACAUUUCUUUUUAUUCUAAGUUUCUGAUGACCUGCACCUUUGAAUUCAUUCAUUUACAUUGCACAAGAAAUUUUGUAAUUUCUUGAUCUUGAAUCCUUAAAAAAAUAAAUAAAUGAUUUAUGUUAGAAGACCUCGUUUGCAAACAUGAUUUUUCAUUUUUUAGAUAGUCUUUUUUACAGGUUGUUUGAUUAGCUCACUUCCUAUGUAUAAUGUAAUAGACGAGUCAGAUUAUAUUUCAAUGGGAAAUUAAAAGGGGUAAAGUUUUUAUUAACUUUUUCACAGUUACUCUACAAUUAAAACUUACAAAAGGCCAUAAUUCCAAAUAUCAUGUACCAGCUUCAAUGAGAAUCGUAAAAUCGAACGAGUGCAGACGAAUAUAGCAUAACGUUGGCAAGCCUGCAAGGAUAUCGUAACGUGGAUUUUCCGAAUGUCAAUUUCCUGGAUAUUAAAUUACGCUUAGUUUAUAAUAUCUUUUUUAAAGAUGAAUAUUACGUGAAAUUUUCUUUUUCGAGCGAUACAAUUAAAUUGAACGAGUUGAAAUAGAGAUAAAGUUCACAAAAAUCUGAAAUAGUGCUCGCUUGGCUCGUUGCAAACGCAGUGAUCCGAGUAGGAGUCUAUAUAUAGGAGUGUCCUAAUCCCUUUAAGUUAUGAAUUUUCAGAAGUUUUUCUACACUUUCUCAAACAAACUAUUCCCCUGAUUAUCACAGUCUGAAGUUCAUUGAUACGUCGAAGUAGUAUCGUUCUUGAAAAUGAGUUUUUCGAAGAAGUUGAAGAGUUUGUUUCGUACGAAGAAGAGGAGCGUAAUUGUCAAGGAAAAGUCGACAUGCGUACUCUUAAGUUUGAUUUACUUUGAUGAAGAUCGAUAUGUACCGAAUUGUCCGAUAGUUACUUGUGGUCGUCAAAAUGCGCUGACACAAGUUUGGACAUUGAAAGAAGAUAUCUCUACUCCAGUCGACAACGAGAAGCUCCUGGAUGUCAUUCAACAAUCUGCUAAGCCUUCUCUCCCCCAGCAGAAAGAGGACACUCUUCCUCCCGUUACCAUCCCGGAAGCGUCAACUUUGGUCCCCGUGGCGGUGGAAGAUGACAAGUCAGCGGCGGAGUACCCAACAUUUAUCGACGCAGAGGUACAAACGGAUCAAGUAGAGGCGCAGGAAACGGCAGUCGUCGACGUGGACACUCAAACUUCAUCGGCAACUAUCGAAGAUUUUCCGCUACAUCCGGAUCCGGUAGUUGCGCCGAUUCAACACUCUGACUCCCAGAUUCGUCCCGUUGAUAAUGAAGAUCUAACGCAGCCAAUCGUACACCGAUUAUCCCCCGAAACUGCUGUGACUCCUGCUCACACGAUUGAUUACAAGGAAAUGUAUGACAAUACUUGCAUACAGUUUGCAGCGAUGCACCGACGGGUGCGAGGACUUAUCUCUUCCCGUGCCGUUUUACAACGCGAAAACGUAAGACUCGUUGACCAACUCGAGAUAAAGAACAGAGAGCUCGAAGAAGAAAUUGCCUCGUCAAGUAAGAAUUUGAAAGAUUUGGAAAGCGAACACAGCGCCAACCUGGAGAAAAUGAGAGGUUUUCACAACACCUUGCUCGAGAACCGUAACAUCAAAAUCGCUGAACUCGAGCAAACCAUCUCAGAUUUAAACCAAAAACUCGAUGACUUCGAAUAUGACAGCCGGACAGAAAUGCAAGAAACGAGGAAAAGGUAUUCAGUCGUCAUCCGAAAGCAUAAUGAAUACUUACAGCAACUAGAAUCCCGCAUUGAGGAGUUAACGAAGCAUAACACCGAGUUAAACCUGUCUAUUGACGAACUGGAACUUGCCUCCUUCUCCCUGCCGAAUUACUACAAACUUCUGGGUGUGGAACGCGGGAAGGCCUCCAAAGAAAAGGUCCAAAGUUGCUUCCGCAAGAAAAUGCGUCCGAUACAUCCGGACAAGAUGAAACCAGACGCGGACGAAAAAGCCUUCGCUAAAGCAAAAGCAUUAGGUGAAGCCCUUCAUAGAGGAAGACUGAUUCUAUCGGAUCCGAAUCUCAAAGAACAUUACGACGUAUGGAUCGAUAUGAUUGAUAUAAAAAACGCUGAAGAUAGGAUUCGAGAGUAUGAGGCCAAUGAGGCUCGCUAUGCAGAGAGAAAUUGGAACAAGUACUGACCUGUUCACCUGAUGGAUUCGCGCUCGCUGAGUUGGAUUUUUUUUUGUUUUGGUUUUUUUUUAUCGAAGUUAAGUAUAAUGGUUGAAGCUGAAUGUCAGUCUUGCGAUUGAUAUUUGUUGAUUUGUGAUGACGCUCCCUCCUCGUAACAAUCCGGAAGGGAAUGGUGGGUGAACCUGUCAAUGGAGUUGGUGUGUCGCUGUUGUGCGUGGGGACUUCUGAAUAUACUUUGAACUGCACAAGCUGAUUUGUCAUUGGGAAGUACGAAAGUGCUUACACAAUACAACUCCUCUAACAGUCAGAGAAGUAGGUUGUCCUCACCCUACAUGUCAGUGUAACAUUUGACUACCUUGACAGGGGGUUUAUUUACCCUUAAAUGAGUCCACCAAUUCUUUACGGUAAGUUACGAUGGAGACAGCCGAGCAAGUUGACCAUUAUCGAUUGUAGGGCUGGUUCAGUUUCAAUCAUUUGCGCUUUGGUUUUUGUAAUUUUUUUUUCUUUCUUUUUUCUCAAUAAAUCGGGUUCUGUCCCAUAUAUAAUCUCAA